AUGCGUGUGUUAUCGAUUUCGGGGAUCUUUCUCGUUGCAACAACUCAAAUUGUCGCUGGGAAUAAUCUCAACUUGGCCGAGGAGCGUGCUGCGGCAGUACAACAGGCGUUUCAGCUUUCCUGGGAUGCCUACUAUGAACAUGCAUUCCCUCACGAUCAGUUAAAACCUGUUAGUCAAGGAGCGGAUGAUAGCUAUGGCGGCUGGGGUGCAACAGCACUAGAUGCUCUAGACACAGCAAUUUUGAUGAAUAACCAGCAAGUCGUGGACCAAAUUCUAGAUUAUGUGCCGACAAUCAAUUUUCGCAGUAGUUCUCAAGGCACCGUAAGCCUGUUCGAGACGACCAUCAGGUACCUGGGUGGCCUGCUGUCGGCCUACGACCUGCUCAAUGGACCAUUUUCACAUUUGAUCAAUGAUACCAGCAGGGCGACAACUCUUCUAACUCAGGCAGAUGAGCUCGCACAAAGCUUGAAAAUCGCAUUCAACAGCGAGACUGGGAUGCCGUAUAACGGAAUAGACGUUGGCAACCAAGCCAUUCAGGGAGAUCCAACAAAUAGUUUAGCCACAAUCGGGACGCUUGUCCUGGAGUGGACACGAUUAAGCGAUCUCACUGGAAAUCCAGAAUACGGAAACCUAUCGCAAAAGGCAGCACCGUAUCUCUUCAAUCCACAGCCAUCCUGGGCGUCUCCAUGGCCCGGCCUGGUGCCAAAUAACCUAAACAUAUCGACGGGCGAGUUUAUCAGCGAUGCAAUCAACUGGGAUGGUGGUUCAGACUCGUAUUAUGAAUAUUUAAUCAAAGCUUAUAUUUACAGCCCAAGCCAAUUCUCAUCAUACCGCGACACUUGGGAGGCAGCAGUCAACUCGACUAUAGCGAAUUUGUUACAAAACACUACAACGAGCUCUGGACAGAACCUAGCAUACAUUUCUACCUGGGAUAACGGCACGUUUAGCUCAAGCAUGGGACAUCUAGUUUCCUUCAUCGGUGGUAACUUCUUACUUGGUGGCUCGGUUCUGCAACGGCAAGAUAUCAUAGAUUAUGGAAUCUUGCUUACUGAUGGAUGGUACGCCGCUUAUUCUUCAUCUGCAACCAAAAUUGGCCCUGGUGCGCUCAGUUGGAAUGCAACAGCAGCCGCCGAUGCGGGUCAAUCGGAUCAGUACGAUCAACUCGGAUUUUACUAUACCGCACCGCAAUACGUUCUUCGCCCAGAAACUCUUGAAAGCUAUUACUAUGCCUAUCGUAUCACUGGCGAUCAAAAGUACCGCGACUGGUCUUGGGAAGCAUUUGUUGGUAUCAACUCAACUUGCUGGACUGGUUCUGGAUACGCUGAAAUCAACAACGUGGAUGAUACGAAUCAGGGAGGUGGCUUCAACGAUCUCCAAGAUAGCUUUCUUCUAGCCGAGGUGUGGAAGUAUGCGUAUCUGAUCCAAACAGAUGACGCUGUAUGGCAGGUAGGAAAGAACGGAACGAAUCAAUUCGUAUACAAUACCGAAGCCCAUCCGAUCAAGGUCAAAGGAAAUUGA